AUAACUGGGAAUGGAUUUACAAUGUUUUGUAAAAUCGGAACCUGUCACCUCCUAGUUCCUAAUUUACUCAAUGCGCGUGCAACACAAUCUUCAAUUUAAUUUGGAAGUACCUAGCUGACCGGCCUGCCUUUGUCACUCGACUCACGUUACCCAAUCACAAUCUGUUCCGAUGUUUCCGGUUACUGGAGGAACUGUUGCUUUGGUGACGAUGCUUUGAUACUUAAGAGAACGCGACGUUGCUGAGAGAGAGAUGAGUUUCAUUUAUGUUACUUUCAUUUAAACCAUUUAUUCGAGCUAUCAUGAUGGUUAUGCUACUUAAAAUCUGCAGAAUUAAUGUAUAAUGCUAUAAUAAUAUUGAUUUAAAAUUUCCCAACUAUUUCUUUUUCUUUAAAUUUUAACUAUUUGAAUUAAUGCAUAAAAUAUUUAGCUUUUAUUGCUAGCGGACUUUUAAUACAUUUUAAUUUUAAUUUACAUUUUAUGCAUUUAGCAGACGCUCUAAUCCAGAGCGGUUACACUGUAAACUGAUCUGUGCAAAUAGUUAUUAUAAAGCCACUCACUCAUAAAGCCUUCUGUGUUCAGCAUAUAGAUUUGUUAUUUUACAGCGGUUAUAUUUUGGAAUUCAAAAUUACUGGGGCAUACGAUGGAGCCAGUCUCAAUUGCAUCGUUGACCAUCGGGCCGCAGUCUUGGCGAGAAAAAACGAAGCAUUCUAUCAGUCUUGCGGAGAAACUGAUACGGCAGUCCGAUGCCAGAAAGUCCAGCUCUGCUAGUCCGUGUCGGCCACGCAGCUGCACAUUAGGCCUACUUUCUCAUGUGAAUACUCCUGUCCCUUUGGAAUUAAAUGAAACUGAAAAAAACUCAAGGAAGGACAGCGACAAUGUCAAUAAUACACAAUCAAGCUACAAGGUCAGACCAAUGUCUACCGGGACUACGCGGUUCAAUCUAGCCUCCGGUCCAUUAGUUGCCCCCUUUCCCCCACCCUGUUUGAGGGAGCAGUGCGCAGAGGCCAGUGUGAGGGCUGCUGGGGAGUACAUGCGUGAAGUCAGAGGGGUGGAGGGGCAGUUACGUAAACAGGCUUGCAGAGUUGGUCAGGAAGGCAUAAAGCUAGAGAGGGAGAGGGCAUAUUUGGAGAGAAUGCUGAGAUCCCUAAGGAAAGACCUCCUUGUGAACCAGAAAAGUGUGGAGGAGAGGACCCUGAGACCACCUACCACAGAGACGGGCAGAGAUGGCGCAGACAGCCUGCUGGAUUGCGAGAAGAAGCAGCUGUCUGAGCUGAAGAUUCAGCUGGAGGGCGCACUGAGAGACACACUCACACAGCUGCAAGCCCUCAGUCAGUGCAGUAAGCUGUUACUGGAGUGUGCUAGUGAGAGAUCCUGUGUUUUGGAUCUUCUCCCACACAGUGGAUAUCAUUCAGCUGGCGGUCGCUGCACCCCUUCCCAAGUUACUAUGAAACCCGACCCCACAGGACCCUACACCCCAGAAUGUAAGCAGGCAAUGGAAUCUUCAAGCUUGGCCCUCACCCAAUCACAGCUGCUCAGGGAGCAGAUUCGCUGUUUGAUUGGUGAGGCCAUUGCACAGCAAAAAUCAGCUCACCAAUUGGUGAACGAAGGGCUGGUGAAGAAAAUAGCCGAGACUGUCAGCCUGAAGCAACACCUCACACUCAGCUCAGCCUCAGCCAGGCAGGCCAUUUACCGCAAGCAGAGACAGCUGAACUGCAUUCAGCACAGCCAUGGCAGAGCACUGGGUCCUGUGUCCAGUGGAGAUCUGAUGUCCAGAGAAAGACUUGACAGGCCAUUAGUGCAGGUCUACCAGCGACACCCUGGUACUCAGUUACCAGAAGCCAUGCACCUCAUACAGGGUGGCGCUGUGGUUCGGCAGUGUCUGCUGUCGUCCGGUGGGGAACUGGCUCAGCUGCGUGGCACUCGGCUGAAGUUAAUGGAGGACAUGCGAGGGAAGGGGGCGGCGGCCCAGGUGGACUCUUCCAUCGUGAGGCUGCGCCGUCGCCUGAUAGACCGUCGAGUCAUGCCUUCUUUUUUUCUACAAGGCACAUCUGCAUAGGGUAUUUCUCCAGACAAAUACCCUGGUCCGUGCCACUAGUAUUUCUUCAUCAGCAGUAGCUGCAAAUUAUUAAAAUUCUGUGGAACAAUUCCUGGAGGUGACACCUCAGGAACAUGUUUGGCAAGUAUACCAAAUGUUAAAAUGUAUAAAGGCUUGAGAACUUGGGCCAUACGGUAGGCUGAAUGUAUUAUACAGAUCCUGGCCCCCAGUGUAUGAUGGCUGUACUCACAAGCUACCUCUUAAUAAUGGAAUUUUGGUUUGUUUCUCAAUCAUACCUAGAUAUUCAACCAAAGAAACCUGUUGCUACAAUAAAAUUAUCACACACAGAAUUAAUAGCAGAAGUAGUCUUAAACAUCAUGAUUAUAUAGAAGUUAUUUCAUGCUAUGCAAGUAUGGCCAAAUGCUACCCAAAAUAUUCAUCAAGUGUGUUGAGGUGUGAUAUUUCAAGUUCUUGUGUUAAACUUUACGGUUAUAUUUUUGCAGUAUUAUGACAGUGUUGAGAGUUUGGAUUUAUAUUUCAGUUUCAAAUAAUCAGGCUCAUGUCAGGUUUUUGGCAUGCUAGAGGGCUGUAUUUGUGAGGGUGACCCUUCAGUUGUUGAUAAAUUGUUAAAAGAGUGUCCAUGUUUUUUGCCUCCUUGGCAUUACUGAUAGGGCUAUGCAUGUACAACAACCAUGAGCUGCCCUAUAGUGCAGAAAGUGGAUUUAACUGAUAUAAAUUAAAGUUUGUACAUGUAUCCUUUCCUGAACUGAACCAUGGAAAUAAGCAGCCACAAUAUGUGUAUCAAUGGAGACAGAUAGUGGUGACAGCUUCCAGACUUCUGCCAGGCACAUGCCUGUCUUGUUAAAAAUGAAUGCGCUUCCAUGCAUGUUUAAUAGCACACUGCUUCUCUUUAUACCCACUACUAUAAACUGGAAUAAACUGCAUCCUUCAUUCAUUAAAUUCCAUGUUACAAUAGGAAAAUUAUGUUGAUUUCUAAGCAUUUAGCUGUGACAUGGCAUCCCCUUGAUCAGGGGUUCUUAUUCAUUUCGAGUGGAAUAGAGGACAGCUGUCAUUAAAUGCUCUUCAUAAAAUGCUUAAGACAAAAUGCUGUAUACUGACAGAAGAAUCAGGGGCUUGGUGUGCAAAAAGUGCAUAAGUGCAAACGCUUUGGUCCUUAGACCUUCUUCAGUGCAUAAAAAACAGGACAAGCAAUAUCUAUCCCCAGUCCUAUAAGUAGCUUAGGUAAUUGGUACAAGAGGUGUCUCUUGAAAUAAUCAGAAAAGAGGGUGCUUCCUAAUCAUGGACCAGUCACAUGACAAGCAAGGAAGCCAUAAAUUGCGUGGCAUAUAAGGACAUAUACAAGGUGUUCUCAUGUUGAUAAAUACAUUGCAUGUUCAUGCUUAUGCACUUUUGAGCACAAAAUUUGUAUUUUUUAAAAAUUUGCAUUCAUGCAUGUGAGUAAUAAAAAUAGUUUUAAUUGCUUAAGUGUAAGUCUGCAUUGUGCGGUUCUCCGUACAACAUAACAAGUAAUAAUCAGAAUUUUUUAUAUCUACCAUUCAAUUUAAACUAGUUCUAAUGUUAAUGAGCUUCGUUUAGAUGUGUCAAUGAAGGUAGGGUAACAUUUGUGUUGCAGCUGACUUAAAGGGUCAAGAACCCAAAGAAGAAAAAACUGAAAACAAUGUGCAUGAGAUUAUGGAGUAGUUUUAUAAUUAUACCUUUAUAACUCUGUCAUGAUACAUGGUUGCAACAAUGGCAAGAAGCUGAUGACUGUAUGCAUUGUGAAGCACUCCUUUGAAAUCACCUUCCUCAAAUGACAGGUGACAAUGUAUCCAUCAUACCUUACAAUUACAAUUGCCAUAGUGUCACCAUAGUUUGAGACCUGUAUGUACCUGGACACACCACAAAGUACAGGUAACACCUUUUUGUGAUGCAGUUUGUUAAUUGGGUGUAACUGGCUAACUACCAUAAUGGAACAAUGGAAUGGAGGCACCCUUAAUACCACUUUUAACCCCAAACUAUCCUGAUAUAUUGAGUUCAUCAUUUAGAUGCUACCUGUUACCAAAUCCUCAUUUAAAAUUAUGUUCAAAUAUGGCAGACUGUAGAUGCUUGUUUAUUAGCUAUCACUGUAAAGAAUUAUCAGACCAGUGCGUUAUUCUGUUUGGUGCAGCAAUAUUUAGUGAAUCUGCAUUUUCCACAUGUACAGUUUAAUGCCCAAUAAGUGAAGUAGCUACAAUGAACAUGCAAAAUGCUAAUUUUGCACAGCUGGGUUUGGUAUGUGUCACAAUUAGGCACUUAUUGAUUAAACUAUAGUAUGUAGUUCUGUAUGCUACUUACUGGUACAAAGUCUCAGAUUCUUACAAGAAAACUUUCUGUCGUUACAUUUCGUCAAAUUUAUAUACCAUUAAAAAGACAGACAAGUUGGAAAGAGUGGCAAAGUCUAACUGUAAAUGUACUGUCACUUUAUACAACAGCAAAACAUAAAAUCAGCAAAAACUUCACCCUGCUUCAGCAUGUUUUUUAGAUGCUAAAGAGUGAUAGUAGAGUGGGUUGGAUGCAUCCUUUUGGGGCUUCGCUUCAAAGGUAAAAUUAGAGGAAGCUGAAAUGUUGUCAUUGCUGUUUGUUUGUCCAUCUUCCUGUGUCUUCUCAUUUGAAAUGCAUGAGCAGGAUCACUGAGCUGUAAUAUGUACACAAGUCAGCAUACACAAACAUCACAAGGCUUAAGCUGACUUACAGUACAGUUGAUCUAACAAGUUGGCCCCUACCCCAUUUAACUCCCACGUCAUCCACCUCCCUUGUUUACCAGUCACAAGAUUCCAGGUCACUUGACAGUCCUACUGCUCAACUUUAUGUCUUUCAUUAAGAAAUAAAGAAAUCAGCUUCUUUCUUCACAACACUCCAUCUCAGUUCCAUCUCAAGUAGAAAGGCAUGAGCACACAAUGCUAUCCAGGAAUGCUGCAUAGGA